GUGUCAAAGCCAAUCCCCAACAAAAGCACAUGCUUUCUCCCCUUACUCUCACUCCCAAAAGGGUUCAUUUAACCUUGCCUACACCUACAUAUUUAUAUAUAUCCCAGCACACUUAAUUAGCACAUCUCUACUCCUCUUCCCCUCUCUCUCUCUCUCUCUCUCUCUCUCACACACACACACACACACACACACACACACACACAACCAUGCAGCUCAAGCAUUCUUCCAUCACUCUUCUAAUCACCCUAAUUCCUCUCAUAUUUCUUCCCUCAAUCUCAUCCCAAUCCUGCCAAACAACCUGCGGAAAACAACUCAUCAGAUACCCUUUUGGCACCGGCCUCGGAUGCGGCAGCCCGCGCUUCCAAAACUACGUAACUUGCAACCAACACCAACUCACCUUCACCACCCACACAGGCUGCUACCCCAUCACCUCCAUAGACUACAUUAACCAAGUCAUAUACAUCUCCGAUGCCACCAUGUCAACCUGCACCUGCACCCAACCAAGCAAAGGCUUCGGCCUGGACUGGGACGCGCCAUUUAGCCUCCACGACGACAACAUCUUUGCUCUGCUCGAUUGCUCCACCGAUUCCUCACCACUCUACAAGUCCAGUGGUGGAAGCAAUGCCACCGCGGCCGCGGUCCCUCUCUGUGACACUGAGGACGCGCCCAUCUGCAGCCUCCUCUAUUCCUGCCAACCGGUCAGCAGAAUCGACAUCCCGGUCUCUACGUGCUGUGUUUACACGCCGGUUGACCUUGGACCGGCUUUUGAAAUCGAUCUGCAGAAGCUGCAGUGCGCUUCGUACUCCGGGUUCUACAGCUUUAAUGGCCGUGAAUCUGAUCCAGCGAAUUGGGCAUAUGGGGUGGCACUUAAAUACAAGUUCAAUGUCAAUAACGAUUAUCCAGCACUGUGUGUUAAUUGCGAGAGGAGUCGUGGUGCUUGUGGAUAUAGUGACCCCUAUGAUUCAUUUGUCUGCUACUGUCCUACUUAUGGGAUGAACACAUCAACGGAUUGUUUCUAUGCAGCAUCUUUGAGCAAUGGUUCAGGACUUUUCCCGUGGCAGACCGGGAGUUGGUUGAUCUACAGUCUGGCAUGUUUUCUGAUCGUAUGGUUGUCUUCGUAGGCUAUGAAGAUCAGAGGGUGGAAAAUGAAAAUCCAAACAAAUUACAAUGCUGAGAUUGGACUUUCUUUGCUUGUUGAGAUAGGGACAUUCAAGUUUUUAAUCCCUUAAUUGCUUAUUGUAGAUUGUGAAUAUGUUGGAAUUCUAAUGUUGAAAAAUCAAAUUACAACUCUAUGGUUAAUUGUCUUA